AGAUACCAUGAUCUUUUUCCGGUUUACCAUCGUAUCGUACGCACGGCAAAAUGAAAGCCAAAGGUGAAUUGAAGGAGUUUGAAGUUAUUGGUCGUAAGUUACCAACUGAAAAAGAAAAAACAACACCAUUGUAUAAAAUGAGAAUAUUUGCACCUGAUGCUAUUGUUGCAAAAUCUAGAUUUUGGUAUUUUUUACGUCAACUCAAAAAAUUUAAGAAAUCAACUGGCGAAAUUGUUUCUUUAAAACAGAUACCAGAAAAGACUCCAGUUAAAAUCAAGAAUUUUGGUAUUUGGUUAAGAUACGACUCACGAUCUGGAACUCAUAACAUGUAUAGAGAAUACAGAGAUCUUUCAGUUAGUGGUGCUGUAACACAAUGUUAUAGAGAUAUGGGUGCUCGUCACCGUGCUCGUGCCCAUUCAAUUCAGAUUAUUAAAGUUGAAGUUGUGAAAGCAGCAAAUUGCAGAAGACCUCAAGUAACACAAUUUCAUGAUUCGAAAAUCAAAUUCCCGUUGCCAAAACGUAUUCAUCAUAGAAAUCGUAUGCCACUUUUCAGUGUUAGAAAACCACGGACCUAUUUCCUUUAAAUACUUCAAAUUAAAUGAUUCGCAUAUUGACAUCAAAUAUAUAAUAUUCUGAAAGAAA